AUGAAAGCAAAACGUACACGUCAAUAUUACUGGAUGCUUUUUUAUGAAUUGUACAAUGAAUAUCGGGGUUAUUAUCCAAUUCCUGUUUAUUUAUGUUCACUUAUAACUUUUUCCUUAUUAUUAUAUUUAUCUUUUAAUUAUUUACAUUUCCUAGUAUCUACAACAUUAAUUGAUUUUACUAAAAUUAUUACUCCAAUUGAUCCUCAUACUCGAAAAGUAAGAGGAAUGAGUGUAGAAGAUAAAAAAUUAAAAUAUCGUGAGUUUAAUUAUUUGAAACCUGAAACAUUAACUUAUGAAAAACGAACAUAUUUUAAUAAUAUUGAAAUAUUAUUUCGUUUACGAAAGAGACCUCGUCCACAAGCUUUAUUAUUAAUUUUUCAUGGUUGUAGUCGUUCAGCACAUGAUUGGUUUCAUACAAUUGAACGACAACGUAUUAUUGGUGCUGCUUUAGAACUUGGUUAUGGUUGUUUAGUAUUUCAAGCAACAGAUGAUUUUACACGUUGUUGGUCAAAUAAUCCUGAUGUUCAUCAAAAUAUUGAUGCACAAAUGGUAUUAAAAGGACUGGAAGGAUUUUAUAAAGAAUUUCCACACCUAGAAGCUUUGCCACGUUUUACAUUUGGUGCAUCAAGUGGUGGAAUAUUUUCAAGUAUAUUUGUUACUAAUCAACGUUAUUCAAUUCAAGGACAAACAUUAUUCAUAUCGAUUAUUCUUCCUGAAAUAUUAGAAAAACAUAUUAAAGCAAAAAGUUAUCCAGUAACUGCUUGGAUAUAUAUGUUACGUGAUCUUGAAUUUGCUUCCGAAGAUCGUAUAAAUGCAUCAAUGCGAAUGUUUGCUCGAGAAAAGAUUCAUCAUAAAAGUUUUAUAAUCGAACCAAUUGGUUUAUCACGAACAACAUUUCAUGAACGCAUUCCAACAAUAAGAAAAGAAACAGCACGUUAUAUUUACUAUCGUUUAGAACAAAAUGGUUGGUUAGGUCCAUAUAAUCAUUUAAGAUAUAAUCCACGACGUAGAACAGUAUGGCAAGAAUUUUUAUUUACACCAAAUAAUAGUACAAUGGAAACAAAAGAGGUUCUUCAAAAUCUUAAUGAAAAUAAACAAUACAUUCCAGAUUUUUUAAAUACAGUAUAUGGCGAACAUGAAAUAAGUUUUGAACGUUCAUAUGAAGCAUUAAAAUGGCAUAGAAAGAUUUAUCAUAAUAGAGGCAAUCCUCCAAAGUGA